CGAAGCGCGUGGGUGUGCACUGUUAAAAAAAAAAAUCGCGUGCACAUUUUCAGCACCAACACCGCGUGGAUAGCAGCAAACAGCGCAGUUCCUCUCACGAAUACCAGCCGAACUGGACCUGAUACGCUUGUAAUUCUGUUGGAAUCGCGGGACUCCGGCUGAGCUUUGUUCGCUCCAUCCCAACUCAGCGUCAACAGUCGGCUAACUCCACCUCUGGGUGUAAAUGGCUGCAAAUGAGGGGAAACAAAGGUAGUAGCGAUCACUCGUCCUAGCCGGUUCGGUGGAGACAGCAGCGCCUCCCAGUCUCCUCGCCGCCAGAAGCCGCGGAGGGUCUCCAUUGUGUGAGCAUCUCCGCUAUUUUCCGGAUCCCGCGCGGCUGCCGCCCCCCCGACCCACCCCCAUCCGCUGCCUCUGCUUCCACCCGCUGUCGGCCACGAUGUGUUCCCGGGUUUGGUUCGUGACUGACCGGCGUAUCAGCCAGGAGUACCCCCAAGUUCAGAUCCUGCGGGCCCUGAAGGAGCGAUGCGCCGACGAGGAUGUGGAAUUCCGCUCCCUUCUCAUGGAUCAAAUCGUGCUGACGAUCAGCCAGGGGCAACUCGGGCUGCGGGUGGAGCAGGAAUUGGUGACGUCGUAUCCCCAGGUGGUGGUGGUGCGGGUGCCCACGCCCUGGGUGCAGUCCGACAGUGACAUCACUGUGCUGCGCCACCUGGAGAAGAUGGGCUGUCGCCUGAUCAACCGACCACAGGCUAUACUGAACUGCGUCAACAAGUUCUGGACCUUCCAGGAGCUGGCCGGCCACGGAGUUCCUCUACCGGACACCUUUUCAUACGGAGGACACGACAACUUCCGCAAGAUGAUCGACGAGGCGGAGCCGCUUGGAUACCCGGUGGUGGUGAAGAACGCUCGUGGCCACAGAGGAAAAGCAGUCUUCUUGGCGCGGGACAAACACCACCUGACAGACUUGUGCCACUUGAUCCGCCACGACACCCCCUAUUUGUUUCAAGAGUACGUCAAGGAGUCGCACGGCCGCGACGUGCGGGUGGUCCUGGUGGGCGGACGUGUCAUCGGAUCCAUGCUCCGCUGCUCUACUGACGGUCGGAUGCAGAGCAACUGUUCCCUAGGUGGUGUAGGGAUGAUGUGCCCCCUGAGUGAACAGGGCAAGCAGCUAGCCACUGAGGUGUCGAACAUCCUCGGCAUGGACGUGUGCGGCAUCGACCUCCUGCAGCUCAACGAUGGCUCCUUCGUGGUCUGCGAGGCCAACGCCAACGUGGGCUUCAUCGCUUUCGACCAGGCCUGCGGCAUGGACGUGGCGGGCAUCGUGGCCGACUACGCCCUCUCCCUGCUGCCCAGCCGCCUCACCCGCAAGAUGUCGCUGCUCUCCGUGGUGUCCAGCACCAGCGAGACCAGCAGCGAGCCGGAGGUGUGCUCGGUGCCAACGGGCGGGGGGUCACUACCCGAAGCCGUCUGCAACAUGAGCGUCGGCUCCACUUCCAGCGAGAGCGACCCGGAGCUGGCGGAGCCCUCCCAGGCCUUGGGCCCUGUCCUCCCUGACCCCGCUUACAACUUCAACACUCUUCUUGCCAAUGAAAUCAAGUUAUUGACUGAGUGAGAACCUGACCAUCCUGUCACAAACACACACACCCGUUCGCAACAUACAUUCCUCUAAUGACACAUAUCGACCCCAAAACAGUGAGUGGAGACACACGUAGACACAGACAUAGACGUCACCUGACUCCCUUCUGAGAAGAUACAAAGAUCUGUGGCUGCUCCCCUGACUCUCCUCUAUGCACCCUCCGACCCAAACCUGGUUCUAACUGCAGCCAUACAUCUAACUGAUGAUGUAUGUAUGUGAUUCAAAACGGUGAUGAAAUUAUUCAAUGUAGCAAAUUGCUUUCAAAACAGGAUAAAAAAAUUCAUUUGAAAAAUGAUUUGUCACACUGUGCACAAAUUUCCCACUCACUGUGAACGCAGCAGUAGUGUGCCCAGUAUUCGCAUCAGGUCAGUCUCAUGACCGUCUGGACGGAGAAAAAGUCAAGCACUUUAUGCUAAAGAAACUACGCCAUGUCCACACCUGCCAGCCGAAUAUACCUCAGAACUAAAACGGUUGCUGCCACCAGUGUAGAGUCGACACAUAUCAGCCCGGAUCUUCGUUGUUUUGUCCCAGGAAAUUCUCUGUGUCCGUUCCAGGAGCCGAAAAGGAAGUUUUGUACUUUGUGUUUUAUAAGUUCUGGCCGUUUUUGUAAAUAUGUUAGCGGAAUUAGCUUUAGAGUGUGCGAGCGCCCAGCGGCGGAGGAGCCAUGGCAACCAGGGAGCCGUUCGAACAAACUUGUACAGAAUCUAAAGGAAAUGUUAAAACAAAUUGGUGCUAACAUUUUGGAGUCCGGUUCCACGCAGGUCUGGUUUGGAUUGUAGAUUUUAUUGCUUUGACCUUUUCCUAUUUUGUAUUCAGACAAAUCCUAACUCUUGUUGGCAUGAUGUACAGAUACAAAAUGGAAACUAUAUUUUUACAGUCUUUUUUUAAUUGAAUGUUACUUUUCUUAGAAGAAAAAGGCCAAAAAUCCAGCAAGGUUUUGACUCACCCCCUCGUACUGAAAUGGGGUGCUGCCUCUUUUUCAUUCAGUUCCGAUUAAAAGCACAAACACUUCCACUUUGCGAACACCUUUUUUUAGUUAGUAGAGUUGAACAAAACUCAGGGAAGCAGCCUGGAUCUCCCCUCCUGAACGCCACAAAACACCACGACAGUACACCCCGACUCACACUAGAAACAUUUACAGUAUAAGAUGACGUAUCGGUCCUGUUUCACAUUGUUCCUUGUUUUCCUAAUUUAUGGAGGGUUCUAAAGAAAAGAAGCUUGUGUGCACUAAUGUUGUCUCAAUAAAGUGAAACCGCUGUGA